AUGAAUAGAAAUACUGUAGUAGAUCAACAAGAAGAUGAAUAUCAAAGAAAAAAUACAACAGCCAAGCAGAUCAUAGAACAUAUACUACAUAUCAACAUACCCUAUGAGAACUUGUGUCCUGCAUUGGGAGAUGGCAGAAUUUUGUGCAAGUUGAUGAACUCUUUCCAUCAACCUGCCGACUAUAUACAUUUCAGUGAUAAUGAACCAUUACCAAAGUUUAAAAGAAAUGAGAACAUUCAUUUGUUCUUAAAGAAAUGCAGAUUAUAUGUUUCAGAAGAUUACUUAUUUAAUGCAAACGAUUUAUUGGAUGGUACAAAUAUGGAGUCUGUUUUGGAUUGUCUCUUCCAAUUAUUUGACUAUUUUGAACAAGAGAUUAAACAAAUAUUUCAAGAUCAACUAUUCAACAAUACUAAUAACAAUAAUAACAGUAGUUAUAUUUAUGAUGAUUAUAAUCAAUCCAACAAUAAUAAUAACAACUACCAACAACAAUAUGGUUAUCAAGAUCAUCAACAACAACAACAUCAACAACAAUUCAAUGGUGACUAUUACUACAAUAAUCAUGUAGAUGGUAGUGGUAAUCAGAGUAACAAUAAUACUACUAGAGUAAUAAUGAAAAAGGGAUUAAAUGGAUAUAUAUUGGAUGCACUAUUAGAGACUAAAACUGCUACUGCAGCAUCUGCUCAUAAUGUCUUGACAAAGGCAGACUCUAUCAUCAAGGAUUUAAAAAUAUAUAUGGCUCCAGCUGCACAAUCAUUGUACAAUAUGUUAUGUAAUAUAAUAAAGGGAAAAUAA